GCCGACCGGCCCAGCGCCGGCUCCAAGUGGGUCCGGCUCAACGUGGGCGGCACGUACUUCGUGAGCACCCGGCAGACGCUGUGCCGCGAGCCCAAGUCCUUCCUGUGCCGCCUCUGCUGCCAGGACGGGCCCGAGCUGGGGUCGGACAAGGAUGAGACGGGGGCAUAUCUCAUCGACAGGGAUCCCACCUAUUUUGGUCCAAUCCUGAACUACCUCCGACACGGGAAACUCAUCCUAAACAAGGAGCUGGCUGAAGAAGGGGUACUGGAAGAGGCCGAGUUUUAUAACAUUGCAUCUCUGGUGCGGCUGGUGAAGGAGCGGAUACGGGACAACGAGAACAGAACCUCCCAAGGACCUGUGAAGCAUGUGUACAGGGUCCUACAGUGCCAAGAGGAAGAACUCACACAGAUGGUGUCCACAAUGUCUGAUGGAUGGAAAUUCGAACAGCUCAUCAGCAUUGGAUCAUCUUAUAACUAUGGAAAUGAAGACCAGGCAGAAUUCCUCUGCGUCGUCUCCAGGGAGCUCAAUAACUCUACCAAUGGCAUUGUCAUAGAACCUAGUGAGAAGGCAAAGAUUCUUCAAGAGCGAGGAUCCCGGAUGUAACCUGAGUGGCUGGUUCAGUUAAACUCCUAGAUGUCAAAAGGGCAGUCGAGCCGGGCAGAGCAUUUCUCCGCAGUUCAACCUUGCUCUUGUACAGUAACCAAGCUAACGCAAAACAAAGCUGAGCCUGUCCUGCCAACGGAGAAGAAUUCUGGUCAUAACCAAAGGUUUUCCCCUUAACUCCAGGAAAGAAGGAGACACUCGUCCAGUUGUGGAUAAUCCUUUCUCCAAAUAUUCAUUUUUGUUUCCUUGGCCAGCGCUGUAUUCAAUCUUUCCAACUGACGGCUGGGCUGGAUUCCCAGCCAGAGCCUUUGUGAGUGUCGCUCAGGUCUGCAGGCCCCUUUCAUCUGCUCUCCCAUCCCACCGCCAAUGGGCUGGAGUAGGUGAACAAGGAGCUAUGUUUGAUCUGGGCCAUCUCCCUUGCCCGGGUUUGCCGAGUAGAAAACUUCCAGCUACUCGGCCAUGCUCCUUCGUCUCAGCUAGCCCUAUCCAAAUCAGAUGAAAAAGGGUCUAGAGGCAAACGACAGAAACCCAAGAACUUGUCUACCUUCUCCAUUCUUGCUUUGUAUCUGUUACCGGUUUGAUUCCUAAGAGCCAAGUAAGAUGCUACAUAAGUCUAGAGGGGAGGGAAGUUGUAUGCAUGUCUAAUGCUGGCCCUGAAGGCUUCUGUUGCCCACACUUGCUACAUAUGGGCUCCUGGCAUUUCCAAAAGCCUAUUGCUUUUCAUGCAUAUUUAAACAAAACCUGUUCUCGCCCAUAAUGCAACAGAGUCAACAGUUCUGCCCUUUCCUCUCCUAUCUUGGAGAAGAGUAGUGACAGGGAUGCUGUCCUACCUCCCCUCUCAUACCAUGUCAUGGCUACACCUAAGCCUGGCAGAAUUACUUGAUUUAUCAAGGGAAGGGGACUUGUUAUUGCCAAGUUCAGCUUUGCCUUGUCCGUCUCCAGCAGCAUGGACUCCCUUGUGCUCUGUCUGUCUUAUCCCUUCUCAUGGCAGCAGGAAGAGUUAGGGCAGACGUCCUUUUGUACUGUAGCAAGCCAGUAAGUUUGUUUCUAUCCAAACUGGUCAGCUCAUUUGUGGAGGAGAUCCCCCUCUUUUAUGCAUGGUGGUUCCACAUCUGCAGCCCCCUCAUGCAACCACCUCCAAACAGGUCAGCCUGAAGUACCAUGGGGCAUUGCAGAGAUGGGAGGGGGGAGGGGGGUUGGGUGAAAGUUGCCAAACUGUUGUAAUGUUUCUUGUCCAAAGUGACGUGUCUACUUGUGACCUUUUUUUGGAAUGCCUUGAAUGGACGUGCAAAUGUGCGUUUGUGCCUCUCUCUUUGAUUUCUAAUCUUAGCCAAACUACAGUUCGCUGGUCCCUUCAGUGAGUCUGUGCCAUCCCUAACCAGUGGUGUGUCCCUCCUAGUCUGGUAAAUGGAAUUUCUUAGGAAUUCGCUGCAUGUUUCUUCCUUAACUUCCCAUCCUGGCUUUGUUCCUCGUAGCCUAGUAUUUUGGCACCCGUGUCUUUUUGCUUCAGCGCUAGUUUGGGACUCGAUUCAACCUUGGAAUUCACAGGCGUUGGCAAGGCCAUGGUGGAAAUUCCUGGUCUAGGUCAAUUUGCCCUGCAGGAAUUGGAUUCACUGACACCUGGUCAGUGUUGAGAUGCCUCUGGUAGGGAGGUUUCCCCAUCUCUUCCUCAUGACUGCAGGGCACAGGAUGGGGACCAGAGCUGCUGAGGGUCUGGAUGACCUUUGUAGCGUGCAAGACAUGUAGAUCAGAGAUGUCCCCACCUGCUGUCCACUCCUCUUCAGUCUCUCUGUGCCCUCUCCCCAACACUCUUGCUAAUGUACCCCCCUCCUGCAUGCUCCUUACUUCUUUCUCCAGGAGGAGGGGUUGAUCACCUGUGCUAGUUCAGUGUUGAUAACGGAUGGUGCCAAAUGUCUUGGAACUUGCAUUGCGUCAGUCAUGGCUGUUGAAAGUAGACUGGGUUGGCAUCAUGCUGAAUAACCUGGCUUCCCUGCUCUCUCCACCCCCUUCCUGGUCUCAAACAUGACAAGAUGGCAUUAGUGUGGUUAGACUGUAUGCCUUGGCAGGGCCUAAACAACACUGUGAUGUGUAUAUAUCUCUCUUCUCUAUCAGUAUCCUGUAGCCCCAGUUAUCACUAGUUUGUGCUUGCAGCUGAGAAAUAGAGAGAUGGCGCAUGUAUGUGGCUUAGCAGCAGGAAGAAGAAAAAACCAUCUAGCACAUUAUCAGUCGUUUCCCCC